CCCGCCUCAUUUCUAGCAUUAUUUUUGGCAAAUUUAUAUAUUUGUGCAUGGCCUGACGUUUAUUUAUCUUUUAUUAUUUUUGUUAACUAGUUUCACAACUUUUUUAUGGACGGUAAACGCAAGUUCAAUGGCUCAGCCAAUGGCCAGGCCAAAAAGUCCAGGAACUACGAAGAGGAUGAAGAGAAUGAUUUCGAGGCUGCAUUGGCAGCCUUGGAGUCGCAAGAGGAACCACUUGAGCAGACCCUGUUGAUGGGCGAUGGCCCAGAAAAUCAGCAGACUAGCGAACGCUGGUCACGUCCUGCGCCACCCAAGCUUGACCCCAGCCGGGAUAAUAUAGAAUUUCAGCAGCUAGAUGUGGAGAACUAUUUGGGCCAACCUUUGCCAGGAAUGCCAGGUGCCCAAUUGGGCCCAGUGCCCGUGGUGCGGAUGUUUGGUGUAACAAUGGCUGGAAAUUCCGUUUGUUGUCACGUUCAUGGAUUCUGUCCCUACUUCUACAUAGCAGCUCCAUCAUCAUUUGAAGAUCGGCAUUGCGAGAGUUUCCAAAAAUCCCUGGAUCAGAAAGUUAUAGCGGAUAUGCGCAGCAAUAAGGAUAAUGUUCAAGAAGCAGUGCUCCUUGUGGAACUAGUGGAACGAUUAAAUAUUCAUGGCUACCAAGGUGAUGAGAAGCAGCGUUAUAUCAAGAUCACCGUAACGUUGCCCCGAUUUGUCGCCGCCGCCUCAAGGUUGCUGAAAAAGGAGAUUAUAAUGUCAGAGAUUGACUUUCAGGAUUGCCGUGCCUUUGAGAACAACAUAGACUUUGAUAUACGUUUUAUGGUGGACACUGGUGUAGUUGGAUGUAAUUGGAUCGAGUUACCCAAGGGCGAAUGGCGGCUAAGGUCAGCUUCGUCAAAGCCGCUACCCGAAUCCCGAUGCCAAAUAGAGGUGGACAUAGCGUACGACAAGUUUAUUUCACAUGAACCUGAGGGCGAAUGGUCGAAAGUAGCUCCGUUUCGUAUUCUCUCCUUUGAUAUCGAGUGCGCCGGCCGUAAAGGUAUAUUUCCCGAGGCCAAAAUGGAUCCAGUAAUUCAAAUUGCUAACAUGGUGAUCAAUCAGGGCGAAUCCGAACCCUUUAUUCGCAACAUAUUUACACUCAAAGAGUGUGCACCUAUCAUAGGCAGCCAAGUGUUGUGCCAUGAUCAGGAAACCCAACUGUUGGACAAAUGGUCCUCCUUUGUGCGUGAAGUCGAUCCAGAUAUUUUGACAGGCUACAACAUAAACAACUUUGAUAUACCCUAUCUGAUCAACCGUGCCAGUCACUUGAAGGUGAAAAACUUUGAGUUUCUAGGCCGAAUUAAAAACAUACGAUCUGUUAUCAAAGAACAGGUGCUGCAGUCCAAGCAAAUGGGUCGUCGAGAGAAUCAAUAUGUCAACUUCGAGGGAAGAGUUCCUUUCGACCUUCUGUUUGUGUUGCUUCGCGACUACAAGUUGCGAUCCUAUACAUUAAAUGCGGUGAGUUAUCACUUUCUGCAAGAGCAAAAGGAGGAUGUGCACCACAGCAUCAUUACAGACCUGCAAAACGGGGAUGAGCAAACGCGUCGACGUCUGGCCAUGUAUUGUUUGAAGGAUGCCUAUUUGCCAUUGAGGUUGCUUGGAAAGCUCAUGGCUAUUGUGAAUUAUAUGGAAAUGGCCAGAGUAACUGGGGUACCUUUGGAAUCGCUGCUAACGCGAGGCCAACAGAUUAAAGUGUUGAGUCAACUGCUGCGCAAAGCCAAGACCAAGGGUUUUAUAAUGCCCUCGUACACCUCCCAAGGAUCAGAUGAGCAGUACGAAGGAGCUACGGUAAUAGAACCCAAACGAGGUUACUAUGCCGAUCCCAUAUCCACCUUGGAUUUCGCCUCACUAUAUCCGUCCAUAAUGAUGGCCCAUAAUCUGUGCUACACCACUCUCAUUUUAGGUGGAUCUAAGGAUAAACUAAAGAACAAGGGACUGAUCCAAGAUGAUCAGGUAGAGUGUACACCGGCCAAUAAUUAUUUUGUGAAAGCAGAGCUAAGACGCGGCUUGCUUCCAGAGAUUCUAGAAUCGCUGCUAGCCGCGCGCAAGCGAGCCAAGGCGGAUUUAAAAGUGGAAAAAGAUCCCUUCAAACGUCAGGUUCUAGAUGGUCGGCAAUUGGCGCUAAAGAUAUCGGCCAAUUCAGUAUAUGGCUUUACCGGUGCUCAGGUGGGCAAGUUACCGUGUCUUGAAAUCUCUGGUUCGGUAACUGCCUAUGGUCGCACCAUGAUUGAAAUGACAAAGACUGAGGUGGAAACACAUUACACCCGUUCCAAUGGCUAUGAAAAUGAUGCUGUUGUUAUAUAUGGUGAUACUGAUUCCGUUAUGGUCAAUUUCGGUGUGAAAUCCUUGGAACGUAGCAUGGAACUGGGACGCGAGGCUGCCGAACUGGUCAGUUCCAAGUUUGUAAAACCUAUAAAAUUGGAAUUCGAAAAAGUCUACUAUCCAUAUCUUCUGAUUAAUAAGAAACGCUACGCUGGAUUGUAUUUCACUCGUCCGGAAGCAUACGAUAAAAUGGACUGCAAGGGCAUUGAGACUGUACGUCGGGAUAACAGCCCACUGGUGGCGAAUUUAAUGAAUUCCUGCCUUCAGAAGUUGCUCAUUGAACGCAAUCCUGAGGGGGCAGUGGAUUAUGCCAAGCAGGUUAUAGCAGAUCUUCUUUGCAACCGCAUUGAUAUAUCCCAAUUGGUCAUAACCAAAGAGUUGGCCAAAACCGAUUAUGCCGCAAAGCAGGCGCACGUGGAGUUGGCGGCCAAAAUGAAAAAACGUGACCCGGGCACAGCACCAAAACUAGGAGAUCGAGUUCCAUAUGUCAUUUGCGCGGCAGCCAAGAACACUCCGGCUUAUCAAAAGGCCGAGGAUCCAUUGUAUGUUUUGGAAAACUCUGUGCCUAUUGAUGCCAACUACUAUCUAGAGCAGCAACUAUCUAAACCAUUGCUUAGGAUUUUUGAGCCCAUUUUGGGAGAGAAGGCCGAGUCAGUACUCCUGAAAGGGGAACACACACGCACUCGUACUGUGGUUCACUCAAAGGUAGGAGGUUUAGCUGGUUUCAUGACUCGCAAGGCGUCUUGUUUGGGUUGCAAAUCUCUUUUGCCCAAGGGCUAUGAGCAGGCCUCGCUAUGCCCACAUUGUGAGCCCAAAAUGAGUGAAUUAUAUCAACGUGAAGUCGAGACGAAGCGAGGGCUGGAACACUCCUUUUCCCGCCUAUGGACCGAAUGCCAACGCUGUCAGGGAUCACUGCAUGAGGAGGUAAUCUGUUCGAAUCGAGAUUGCCCAAUUUUCUAUAUGCGGCAAAAGGUGCGCAUGGAGCUGGGCACACAGGAAAAGCGAGUGCAACGCUUCGGCCUGGCCGAGUGGUGAGGCACACAAAACUGGAGAAUAUUAAGCCUAGAAUGUCUAUAAUUAGAUUACUAAAAAAUUAUUACAAAGUU